GCCCCCAAAUAAUAAUUCUCUGGUUCAGAGGCGGUUAUUCAAGAGAAGGCGCGAAGAUGUCCGCUGGAAUAAUGUGUUUUGGAUUUGUUAUUUGUCUAGAUUAACUCAACUUGGGCCAUGGCUUCACUUUCUCAAUCACCCAACAGAAGUUAUUUUGGAAGACGCAGCAGAAGACCGCUUGGUAUAGUCGAAAGAAAGACUUCCAAUGGCCUUGAUGAUGUCUCUGGCUACUUUCCUGAUUCAGAUGAAGAAAAUGCAAGCAGUUCUAUGGAAGAAAAUAAAGAUGAAAGCCCUGAACUUAUAACAUCAGCUGAUAAAUCGAAAGACUUCAUCAAUCAAAGCAUGCAGCAUGAUGACACUAGAGAGGCUGUGACUGAACUGUUCACAGAAGAACGUAGAAAUGAGGAUAGUGAUGUUAAUAUGCAGACCGUAUUAGAAGAUCUGCCAGUGCUUGAAAAAAAGUUCGAAAACAUUCCUCAGCCAGUGCAUGAAACACCAAUAAGAACGCCAACGGCAAACUUAAGUUAUGGUGAAGCAUUUGUCGGCCUAUCGAAUUUGAAAAUGUCCGCGAAUUCAUCAAGGCAAAAUAGAAAGCAAACUACUGCAUCUACAUCGACCGAAGCAGUUUUAAAUCAAAGUACCAACAACGAAGAGAGAGUUGACGAAAACAGUAUGAAUGUACCUACGGUUACCAAAAGCAAACGGGACAUUGGUGUUGAAACAAUACUUGACAGUGAAGUCAAAAGUGACAGCGACGCUCAUAGAACAAGGGAUGUGGGUGUGGGAACGAGUUGGCUUCAGAAGAGUAAAUCCCGUAGAAAAGCAUCUAAAAAAGACGAUGAUAAUACUUAUUAUGAGCACGGAGAAGCAGAUGAUGUUUAUAAACGAGUCACCGCUCGUGGUCACAGAAAGCUACGAAACAAGCAAGAGAGAUUUUAUUUAGGUAGUGGUGCCUUGUCGUCAUCAGAUGAUUACGAAGAAGAGAAAACAAGGCCAAAAAGAAUACCUUGGAGGGGAGGCUACUCUCGAAAGAAACAGUCUGAAUCACAAGUUGAUAGAAAGCAAACAAACGUUUCAAAGAAGAAAAGCAACAAAGGAUCGGAUAUGAAUCCUGCACAAGAGGCUAGCACGUCUGUUAAAACACUCCAGAGGAGUUAUAAGAGUUCUCUCAAAAGCAGCAACUUUGAAAAACCUAUGCAAGAUGCUAGGCAUCCAAAGAGUCAAAGCAAAUCAACAAUGAAGGAGAGAUCGAAACGGAUGGUAAAAAGUAGGCACAGAGAUGCGAGUCCUGAUUAUUCUAAUAAAUUUGUUAAGAAACCAAGGUCACGCGGGAGGGCUUUAUCUGAUGACAGGGAAAGUGAUGACAGAGAGAUGGCCAAAAGCGGUCGCUUUAAUCGACUGAAAAACGAAAAGUCCUUAUCUUCAAGGAGGAAAGAGUCUUUGGAUAAGGAAAAUUCACUUGGACUAGCAACGCCUAAUUUUGGAAAAGAAACUCCUGAUAUGCAAAGCAGGAGCAUAAAGGGUUCUCAGACAAAAAGCAAGAAGAAGAUUCAACGUAUUGUUUUUCAGGACAAAUCGAAAAAAGGACAGAAAAAAACGCCAUUGAAAAAUGCAGUUUCUAGUACAGGAAAAAAGAAAGAAACCAGCAAAAUUGACGAGAAAGACAAGCGUGAGAAGGUCAUUGCGCGUGAGAAAGACAACGGACGUAAAAAGGACAAAAGACGCGGGAAGGACGAUGGACGCGAGGAUGACAACGGACGCGAGAAGAAAGACGGAGGUAAGAAGGACAACGCACGUAAGAAGGACAACAGACGUGAGAAAGUCAGCGGACGUGCGGAGGAGAACGACGAUGACGAUGAACUUGAUUAUGAUGAUGUUGAUGAUUCUGUUGUCAAUGAUGAGGUAGUUGAUGAUUCUGACUACAAUGACCAUGUUGACGACCAAAUGGAUAAUAUGCACCCUACAAACGAGGUUGAAACACCAAAAAGCCGAACAGGGUCGAGUUGGGUCGGCCCAUCGCCAUUGCCAAUGGUGGGCCAAGAGAGCAAUUCUAGCCGUCAUUUAGCAUCUUUGUUAGCUGGUAAAAAGAAGAAAAAGAAGACAGAUGAUUCCUUCGUAACCCCCCAGAGACAUGACAGUGUAAAUACCUUGCCUGGAAGAGCAAGCUUGGAACCAGAUGCUCCUUCGACGCGAAAACGGAAUUCGAAGAAGCUAAGUAGUGAUGUUGGUGAAACAGGAGGUGUAAAGUCACCAUCAAGCAAAAGGCGCAGAAAAACACAUACGAUCUCAUAUGAAUCUUCCGCGAGUCGAACUAGUAGAAAAGGAGCUCGUUCAAGAAUGUCAUCUGCUAAGCGCAUUGCCACGGAGGGUGAGGCAGAACAGUCCCCAAUAACUCCGAUGAGGUCCAAAGAAAACGAAAUUGUCCAAAGUACUCCGUUGGCAAAAAGUCCAAAGAAAGCUGUUCAACAAGAUAGCUCAAAUGCAAAAAGGAAAAAAAGCCAGGGGAAGACACCUCAAGCUACAAUUCCAAACAUUGGAAUGGAGGAUGAUACUUUGAAACGACUGAAUAUAAUUUUCACGCCAGACAUGUUGAAACUUCGCAGACCACCUCAGUCAUCUGCUACAAAGGAUCAAGACCCAUCUACACUCCAAAAUGUCUUGGUCCACAAAUUCUUCAGUUCUGCUACUUUCAGUGCAGGGGUAAUGGUGUUGCUUCCAGACACAAUCAAAGGGCCUCACACAGUAGAGGAGGAUACUCUGGUCUUUUACAUCGAGCGUGGUGACGUAAAUGUAAUGGUGAAGGGAAGAUGCAAUGAAGUAAUUGGUCCAGGCUCAACUUUUUAUGUACCGAGAGAAAAUGUGUAUGCCAUCAAGAAUGAAAGCAAAACUGAGGAAGCAAGAAUAUUUUUUGUCCAUGUAAAGAAUCUGUUGAAAAGUGAAAUUCUUCGCCCCCUCACUGCAACAAACAAUGCAUGAUAUCUGCUGACAUGCAUUUGCUAGGUGCCAUGGCAUUGUAAACCAAGAUGCAGAAUUCUAUGCAGUGCAUGAACCCUUUCAAACAGCCUACAGUUAUGACUUAGGAAUUGCUGUUAGCACAGAAAGCUCACUGGAAACACAGAUCUGCAAGUUUAUUCAUCUUUUCAAGACAAUGAUCUCAUGUAAGUCCCUAAAAUAUACAACAAAACUGGUGUAAAUAUUCUCAAACUUUAUUGAAUGUCUUAUGGAAACGGUUUUGUUCUAGUAUUUUUAGAACAUGCCGCUCUUUCUUCUUAUAUACACCAGUUCUAUUUUUGCUUUUUAAAGGGCCUAAAUUCUGAAUCAUAGACAUUUGGUUGCAGGGACCCUUGUUUUGUAAAUAUGUUUAGUACUCACUUGAAUGUGUAACUCUAAUCCCAGAAUGGGUCUGGAGAACUAUCACAGCCGUGCAAAAGUGUAUAUAUGUUGAUUUUUUACAAUUGUAUUAUAGUUUGUAGUAAAAUUAUAUGCUUCAAUGUUAACAUGGAAGAGAACUUUAGAAA